AGUGGGAGGGAGAGAGUCGCGCGAGACCGGAAGUAGUUUGCUCUCAUAUCCGGGCUUCGGUUGCAGCGACUUAUCUCCGGGCCUAGCGACAACAUGGCGGACUUAUCUUUGGAUGAGCUGAUCCGGAAACGCGGCGUUAACGUCAGCAUGAAAGGAAGACUGAACACCAGGCCAAUUUUUGGAGGCAUCAGAUCUCGAUUUGGAGUCCAACAAACAUUUCUAAGCAGACCAGCACCAAGUGUUGGUUUCCAACGGACAUUUGAUGCACGUCAAAAGAUUGGCCUUACGGAUGCCCGACAUAAGAUUGGGGUGAAAGAUGCAAGAGAAAAACUGCUCCAGAAGGAUGCCAGGUUCAAAAUCCAAGGGAAAGUGCAGGAUGCUAGGGAGAUGCUGAAUUCCCGGAAGCAGCAAAGCGUUGAAAAUGUGCCCAAAGUUGUUGAUGCCAGAGAGAAGAUUAGUUUGAAAAGGAGUACUCCAACUAUAAGCACUAUGAACACUGUUGUGGAAACAGUUGCCCCUGCCAUGAAGAUCACAAAAACAAUCCAACAGAAAGCUGCAACUCCAUCACACGUCCACCCUGCGGGAAUGAAGGUCAACAUUGUGAAUAAUCACACACAAAAAGAGUGCCUGUAUGACAUGGAAGAUGAUGAAGAAACUGUGUCUCCUCUUCCUAGCAAACAAAUGAAAAUCACCACCACAAACAGCUUUCUGCACAGUGCGACUGGACUCAGUGGCAACAAAUUCUCUCUAUCAAAGACUGUCCCCCUCACAAAAGUGGUCCAGAAUGACACCUAUACAGCACCCCCAGCUCCACCUUCCCCCAUCCGGACAAAAGGCCUCACAAACAUGUCGCGGACCUUGGUGACAAAAGAAGAACCCCCUAAAGAACCGGCUCCUGUUGAGCCAGUCUUCAGCCCAUUAGAAGGUACUAAAAUGACUGUGAAUAAUUUGCAUCCUCGAGUCACAGAAGAGGACAUUGUUGAAUUAUUCUGUGUGUGUGGUGCCCUGAAACGGGCCCGUCUGGUGCACCCUGGAAUGGCUGAGGUGGUGUUUGUGAAGAAGGAAGAUGCCAUCACCGCAUAUAAGAAGUAUAACAACAGAUGCCUAGACGGGCAGCCAAUGAAGUGUAAUCUUCAUAUGAAUGGAAAUAUUAUCACAUCAGAUCAACCUAUCUUGCUCCGAUUGAGUGACACUCCCUCGGUGAAGAAGGAAGGAGAGCCACGUCGCACAAGCACAGGAGCCUCCAAUCCACCGGCUGAAGUGGAUCCUGAUACCAUCCUGAAGGCUCUCUUCAAAUCAUCUGGGACUUCGACUUCAGUGCAGCCGACAGAGUUCAAAAUCAAACUUUGAGGAGUGGCAGGCAAAGAGUGGACUGGAAAACUUUUUGAACGUGGGAAAUGGCAGAGAUAAAUGCGGGAACACAGGUGUUGUGUUUGACCGUGCCGAAACAUUUGUUUUUCUACAAUUGCUACCUUCCUGUACAGUAGCGUUCUCCUUAAAUGUGUGUGUUCUGUUUUCAUAGUUGAAGUUUCUGUCCACUUAUUUCUAACAAGAUAAUCUUCCCUUCCUCCAGUGAGAUAUAUCGCCAAGCUUAGCCCAUGUAACUUCUUUGUUUCACAGCCCCAACCCUUCUACUGUAUCCAGCUAGUAAAAGUGUACUUAGCAAAGGGCAUGGUGAACAUCUAUUGGAACUUGCAUCCUUCGAAUAAAAAAAAAACCUUUUCACUGUUCAUAAAA